UGUCAGUCCAUCUCGGUGCUCGGUCAGCGGUGCGCGCCGCCGCGGCACACAGCCCAGAUGCCGUGCAUCGUGAACGCGCCUCUCCGUGCGGUUUGAAUCAAGAAGGAAAGAAUUUUAAAAAAUCAGCUGGUGAUGAAAACACACAAACGUAUUCCUUGAGUGGAUAGCACAGACCGACUUAAUUCUAUCUCUUGAAGCCGGUCCCGGUGUUUCGGGCGGUCCGGAAUUCGCUCAGCCCCUCCGCUCUUUGUCAGCCGGUUCACACACAGGACCCGGGCGGAUUUGAGGGUUUUUCUGUGGAUGAAGCAGCAUACCGGUGAGAUAUUCGUUGGCUUCAACACGCUAAAAUCCCGGGAGUGUUUUAAUUCAGCGGUGCUUGUGUUGAACGUGCGCUGGGAGGAUUUCUUUCCGGCUGGAUUUAAUCACCUUUUGUCUGGAGGAAGAAGCGGCUGAUGCUGCGGAUCACAGUGAAGUCAUAGCCUGGCGGAGGAGUCACCGGAGCAGGUCUUAUUUAGCGUUUUAAUCUGCACGUUAUCUCCAGAUUUUCUUCACGGCGCAGCGGAGGGUGUGGAAACAACGCCGAUGAUCAUAUCACUUUAAAUUAUUAUUUGUUUUAUUUUAUUAUUCACCAUGACUGGAGGACGGCGUUAGGAUUCCGCCUGCUCUUUUGUGUGCAAUUGAUCACCCCUGUCACGGACUCUUUAGUAAGUCUGUUCCGGUUCUGUGCCGGGCGGUCCCGGUGUGUCCCGGGUUGGGGAGCACCAUGCCGGAGUGUGUGUCGGUGUCAGAGUUCUUGCAGGAGGUUCAGGAGGACUGGAGCUCCCCCACCACCUCCUCUUUCACCUCCAAGAUGAUCAGCUGCAGGAACACCGUCUACCUGCUAGAGGAGGUUCUGGACAGUGAUCGGAUGGUGUUGCAGAAGAUGAAGAAAGCUGCUAAAGCCAAGUACACGUCAGGACAAGACCACGUGUCUCACCUGGAGCAGUACAUUAAUUCGAUGGAGAAGCUGUCGGUCAACUGUUACUCAAAUGGAGAGACAGAGGUUGGCUCAGCCUUCUGCAGACUUGCAGACUUUUCUAAAGAACUUCUCUCUCCCAUGAAGAACCUGUUAAAGAGCAUGCUCCACAACAUCAACUUCUUCCUGGACUCUUUGGUGAAAGGAGACCUGAGGGAGGUGAAGGGGGACCUUAAGAAGCCUUUUGACAGAGCAUGGAGGGACUAUGAGAGCAGAUUUAAGCAGGUGGAGAAAGAGAAGAGGGAGUUAGCUCGUCAGUAUGGGAUGGUGAGGAACGAAGUGAGCGGGGGAGAGAUUGCAGAGGAACUUGAGAAAGAGAGACGCUCCUUCCAACUGAGCAUGUGUGAGUAUCUGAUUAAGGUCAACGAGAUAAAGACAAAGAGAGGAGUGGACCUGUUGCAAAACCUCAUCAAACACUACCACAGCCACAACAACUUCCUGCAGGAAUGUGUUUCCACCACUCAGAGGCUGAAGCAGUACAUGGAGGAGCUGAAUGGAGUCCUGGUGACGGUGAAGCAUCGUCAGGAGGAAGAGAAGAGGCAGCUUGUGUCUCUGAGAGAUCAGCUGAGGCCAGUCGUCCACACAGAGCAGGACUCUUUACCUAAGCAGGUGUACAGUAUGCAUCAGCUGCUGGGGGACAAACAGUACGGGACAGAAAGAACAGGAUUCCUCUACAAGAAGAGUGACGGGUUGAGAAAAAUGUGGCAGAAGAGGAAAUGUUCAGUUCACAACUGUUACCUGACCAUCGCACACGCUACACCCAAUAAACCUCCAACCAGACUCAACCUGCUCACCUGUCAAGUUAAACCAAGUGUGGAGGACAAGAAAUGCUUUGACCUCAUCUCUCAUAAUCGCACCUACCACUUCCUGGCCGAAGAUGAAGCUGAAUGUGUGGCCUGGAUCUCGGUACUCAGUAACAGUAAGCAGGAGGCUCUGAGUGUGGCUCUGGAUGGGGGGAGGAGAGGUGGAAGAGACGGGGAGAGCAGUGUGGAGGAUCUGACCCGAGCCAUCACUGAGGACGUCAGGAGGAUGCCAGGGAACAACAACUGCUGUGACUGUGGAGCUCCGGAACCUGGAUGGCUCUCUACCAACCUGGGUAUCCUGACCUGUAUCGAGUGUUCAGGGAUCCACAGGGAGAUGGGGGUCCACGUCUCCAGGAUCCAGUCUCUCAGUCUCGACAGUCUGGGGACCUCAGACUUGCUGUUGGCUAGAAAUGUUGGUAAUGCUGGUUUUAAUGAAAUACUGGAGGCAAACCUGUUGAGUCCGUCACUAAAACCCUCUCAGCACAGCCACAUGGCAGAGCGUAAAGACUUCAUCUUAUCAAAGUAUCAGGAUGGUCAUUUUGUGAGGCGGAGCUACAGCUCUACUGCAGCGCUGCAACUUGGUCUGCAGGAGGCGACAAAGAACUGCGACAUCUAUGGCCUAAUCCAGCUGUACGCUCAGAGGACGGAGCUGAGUCAGCCGCUGCACACACACAUACAGGAGAAAGGAGAGACAGCCCUCCAUCUAGCUGUCCUACUGGCUGACAGGAUGUCGCUGCACAUCCUGGACUUCCUGGCUCAGAACUGCUCCAAUGUGGACAUGCAGACAUCAGCGGGAAACACAGCACUGCACUACAGCUGUCUGCACAACAAGAGCGACUGUGUGAGACUGCUGCUGAGAGCCAGAGCCAACACACACAUCAAGAACGAGUUAGGAGAGACCGCUCUGGACGUGAGCCGCAAGUUGAAGCACAGCGACUGUGAGGCGCUGUUGCAGCAGGCCCAGUCCAACCAGUUUGACCAUCACGUCCACGUGGAGUACGAGUGGAGGCUUCGUCGUGAUGAUCUCUUUGACAGUGACGAUGACUUCGAUGACAAGAACGGUCCAGUGAAGAAGGAACGCUUCUUCUCUUCUUCGUCCUCUUCCUUCACCUCCUCCUUCUCCUUUUCCUCCCGUCCCCUCAGCUUCAGUCAUUCCACGUCCUCCUCCAUCACUCCAUCCUCCUCUGGAACAGCUGGAGGAGGUCUGCUCAGUGUUGGAAGGAGGCUUGCCAUGGCGAUGGAGCUCCACAGUCGGCCCUGUGGUUCUGCCUCCAGCCCCCCGCCUCCUCCACCGUCCUCUCCUGCACCUCCACUGCCCCCAAGGGUCAAAGCUCCCAAUGUUCCUCCUCCUCCGCCCCCUGCUGGCGGGGAAGGAGCUGGGGAGGAAGAUGAGGAGGAGGUCUUCUUUCCCAUGACAGGCAACAGAAAGUCGACCCCUCCCCCUCCCAUCGCUGUACGACACAAGAGGAGCUGCUCAGAGUCCAGCAAGCACGAUUACAGGCUGCCAACCAGUCCCAGGAUCUACAGCAGUCCAGACUCCUCCUUUAAGAAGAAGCCAGCUUCUCCUCUCAUUUCACUGGCUGAACGAGGUGACAGAGGUUUUCGGAGAGCGGACAGUGAUAGUAGCUCCACCCACAUCCAGCACCCUGCCAGUCAAGCUCUACCCAACAGCUCUCCCACCAAUCAGCACUCUCAGAGCUUUGAGGGUGACGGAAGAGGCCCUGCCCCACAGCCGCUUCCUCGCAGAUCAUUGCCUCGGGGUGCGACGGCCCGUCGGGUUGAGGCGCUGUACGACUGCCAGGCUGACCACCACGACGAGCUGAGCUUCUCUGAGGGACAGGUACUGGUGGUUCUUGGACAAGAGGACAGUGAUUGGUGGCAUGGUUACAUAGAGGAUGAACCGGACCAGAGAGGUUUGUUUCCGUCCUCCUUCGUCCAGCUGCUCUUAGACUGACAUGAACCUGGACCGAACCAGACUAGACGAGGACCAGUACAGACAUUGCAUCAGUGGAGAACCUGAACACGGAGCUCAGGGGAACCACACCACAAACAUCUUGGAUCAUUACUGAGCAGCAGAAGCUGAUGCCCCUGAUUCACAAUGGAGCAUGUUUCAGGUCCACCUUCCAGGAGCUGACCACCAGCACCCUGUCGGUUCAGCCAACCAGCGUUUAUUAUGCCUUCUGUUACCAUGGAAACAUUACCAGACCAGCAGACCAGACUAGUCUUGUAAUAAUGUUGCCAUGGUGACAACCUCACAGAGACGAUCAGCGAUGACUGAUGGCGAUGAUACCUUAAUUUAUUUAUUUAAAAUUUAAAACAAUAUUUUAUUAAACGCACAAAUAACAGCAGGUCUUCAAAAUACAAUUCUCUGGACUUUUAUUUUGAAGUUGAUUUAAAGAACUUUUGUAUAUUCUAAUUUAUUGUGAUGUACUUAUUGUUCCUGUGGAGAUGCUACUACACAAGCUGUUGUACUGUACUGUUUCAGGCUCUGACUCCUUUAAAAGGUUCAACUUGUGACCAGAGCACAAACAACUGUGGGAUACUGAAGAGCAAAGAGAAAUGUUGCCUGCUUCUCAAAGUCAAGGAUGCUUCCUUAGUAGGACAGGUUCUUCCAAGUCAUGUCCUAUGGUAGGGCAAGACUCCUUCCCAGCAUGCAGGGAACACAUAUGUGAGUGUGCAUCGUGUCACUGAAAAAGUACCACCUUUAAUGAGUAUAGUGCUGUCUGGGAUGCCGUCCCUUUACUCCCAUUUGCCACUUUUGAAAGACUGGCAAAACGUUGUGCACAUAGAUGACAAUUGGUUGCGAUAAUAGUUUACCCAAAGACAAUUCGUCAAUGAAAAGAGGAAACGUGCACAUGGGAUUGUGGGUACUUUUGUGUUGCUGAGAAUACACACAGGGUAAAUCUUGAAAAGCUCUGCCUGAAGGACUUAGUCUUUUGGAGAAUUUGAAGGACCCUGGACUCUGGGACACACCCAGUGUCUGCUCUAAAUUCAGGUGACAUCAGUCAGGAACGGGCCUCAGAGGAGGCGGAGCCUAAAAUACAACACACUGAUGCUUCCAGCUGCCUUCAAUUUGCAACAAUGUAUUGCCACCACUAUCGCAAAAACAAAUUUCUCAGUAUUUGGUAUGCAGUGAUACAAAAUAAUUCAGUUUUAACAAUUAACUUUUAUAUAACUUAGCAUAUCACUAUACUUUUCUUGUAAAUGCUAAUGUGUCACAUACACACCACUCUCACUGACUUACCGUACUUACUUAGAUCUUCUACUGGAAGUGGAGCCAAAUGUUGUUUGUUUCUUGUGGUGGCAGCAGUACACUGAGGAACUAAUAGACAUCUCAGCAGAGCUUUUCUCAUUUGAGUUUGUCAACAUCCAUCCAUCCAUUUUCUAUACACUCUCACUCUCACACCUAGGGGCAAUUUAGAGUAGCCAGUUAACCUAAUGUGCAUGUUUUUGGUAUU